GGACAAGUUGCGGCGUCCCUUCUGCGGUCAACCCCCAUCACAUGGCAUUAAUCGCCAUCGUGUCGAGGGUCGUCAUCGCCACCGCCGCCGCCGCCAGUGAAGUCGAAACCAGUGUCUCACGAGCACACAUACAACACUGGUUCGGCUGCUGCACCGCGUUCGUCGCGACUGUCGUGUAUUAAUAUAAUAUAUUGUUAAAAUUGUCGACGAUUAAUAAAGUGUUUUCGAGCCUCAUCGUUCGUUGCAAGCUUGUUUUCUUACUCUCGUUAAUAUAAAUCAUACAGUCGCAUUAUUUACAUCACGUAUGAUACAAACAAUAUCAUUUUAAUUAUUAUUAUUUGAAUAAUACCUACCGUUCGCGUUAUUGAAUUCGUGACGAAAUAACAUCACACUAUACCAGGUACGACGGAUAAUAUUAAAUAGUGUGUAGGUAUACCUGGUAGUGAUCCGAUGGUGUCCGUCGUCGUAUCAGCCGUCACGCUCAGUCGCCAGCCACAGCAUCAACAGCAAUGAACAAGUGUCCACCGAAUGGAUGACGUCGUUUUGGGUGCGGACGCGGAAUUCGGUUUUGGGUAUAACGAAGCGAUGAUGACUUGACGCCAGAAAACGUCUGCGGAAGACGCCGAUCUGUUGCAGUCCGCACAAUUGGACCCGGCCGCCGUUCCCACAGGGGAGGAGACGGUAUGGCCGGGGGUUGAGUGGGCGUCAGUGAGGGGUUCGAUGGAUUGGUGCGCAGGUGGCGAAGAUUUGCUGGGCGACCCGACGCUGCUGGUGGCUGCGGGAAUGCUACACGGGCCAACGCAAUUCUGCACAGACACUUGCUGUACGCCCGGACUGGAGCAGCCCAACGAGCAAGCAGUUCAGUUCCAGCAGCCAGCGAUUGUUACAGUUGGCGGUUCAUACAGCAAACCGUGUGGAGACAUGGCCGACGUAUUAAUGUCUCUCAAACACACCGUACCAACUCCACAAUCCUCAGUAGACGAACAACAUCAACAGCACGACCAGGCGUAUGGGCUGUCCACCAAUCACAACGACGAUUCGCAACCACUGAUCGACUAUGGCGGUUCGUCGUACGGCGAUCAGACGUGCUGGACCACGCUCGGAGGCGGCCACCAGCAGCAACAGGUCCAACAGCAUCAAUUCCCCAGCAUGAGUGUGAACGUCAGCAUGAACAUGACCAUGCACGGGUACGCUCCGAUACACGGAGACGCUCAGUUCGGGUGUCAACCGGUCGGGUGGACUCUGCCAGCGUCACCAUCACCGGUACAUCAUCUCCACCACCACCAUCACGGCCCGGUGCACCAUCAUCAAGGCCUGUUGAGUCCAUUGGUGGCCAUGGGCAACGGUGGUUACCCGUCGGCAGCCACGUAUUCGUUCACGGCCGACUUUCGGCCACAGGACCCGAUAGCGUCCCAACUACCACCCCCGCCGUUUGCGUGCAACAUACAGCCGGCCGUGCCAGCGCAGUCGUCAUCCUCGUCCGCGGCAAUGAUCGACGACGAUUGCAAGGACAUGAAACCGUGCGCCGAAAUCCUUAUGUCGGUGAGUGGCUGUGGUAUGGGCGGCGCCGAGUGUUCUCCCGUCGGGUCGGCGACCAUCGGUGAGGAUGGCUGCCGGCCCAACAUGUGCCGGAUAUGUGGCAAGACGUACGCCCGUCCCAGCACGCUCAAGACCCACCUGCGCACGCACUCGGGUGAAAAACCGUACCGGUGCGACGACUGCAACAAAUCGUUCAGCCAGGCGGCCAACCUGACGGCGCACGUGCGCACCCACUCUGGCGAAAAGCCGUUCCGGUGUCAGAUAUGUGACCGGCGAUUCUCGCAGUCGUCGUCCGUCACGACCCACAUGCGCACCCACUCAGGCGAGCGGCCGUACAGGUGCCGGUUGUGCAAGAAAGCAUUCAGCGACUCGUCCACGCUUACCAAACACCUGAGGAUACACUCGGGCGAGAAGCCGUACCAGUGCAAGCUGUGCCUACUCCGGUUCUCCCAGUCAGGGAACUUGAACAGGCACAUGCGCGUCCACAGCGGUAUGAACGGCGCCGACAUCUUAUUGCCUGUAUGACUGUGGCGGACAGUCAGUGCCACCACCGCUACAACCUCAACCAGCCACCAUAGUCAUCACCUCCAGCACCAUCACCACGUCGAGUGUUGUUGGUAAGAAAAACCUCCCCGAACGAAAAGAAAAUAAACUCGAUUGCAAAACCACAAAGCCCAACUUCGAACGAUACACAGAGCAGUAUAAACCCCCCGACUACUCCACCCGGGGACGGUUCGAUUCGUGUUUUUCGCCCAAUCAUCUGUAGAUAUGCGUACGGUUUGUUUUACAUGUAAUGUAUAGGUGUAUUAAGUACCGCUAUCGCAGUUAUAUAUAACUAUAUACAAUAUAAUAUCGUCACGCACACAUGUCAUUGUCAUGUAUACAUCAUUUACUUGCUCGGAGUUCAUGUCUUCAAUCGCCUACAAUAUGUUUUUGGUUAGAAUAACGACCUGUAAGCAUUUUCCGAUAACGGCCGUACACGGCGGCGAUGGUUUAUAAGUAUACGCAUAGAGAAGUAUAUACCCAUAGCUAAACCGACGAUAGGCAAAUAUAGGUACCCACUUCGUUUUUGUCCGUGCGUUGAUAGUACAUGACAGCCCCUGAGAAAUAUUCAAAUAUAACACCAAUUCCCGUUGUUUUUUGGUACUCACGAAUUCGUACUAUCAUUAGUUCAAUUUAUUUUGUAGAGGUUUUUGACGUUUUUGUUUUUCCCCGACGACCGAUGAUCUACGCGCCUUGCAGUAACAGUGUGUUAGACGGUCUUCGAUUUUUUUUUUUUUUUUUUACAUAGUUUUUGUUAUUUGUAUGCGACAACUGAUUUUUAGCACAAUAUUAAUAUAAUAUAUAGAUGACAUGAACCACCCUACACCCACAUCAAUGAGUGCACCACUGAAAUGAACACGAUGAUGACAACUUGAAUAAAGUCGUGUUUACACUUCACAGAGCAAAUAUAUAUAAAUAUAGGAUAUAGGUGUAAGUUGUGUGAACUAAAUAGUCUCAUUUAUUAAUUUAGAAUUUACAUAUAAUUUAAGCACAUCCACGACAAGUAUUUAUACCGUUCGUAAUUUUGUGGAAUUAACUUCCGACUAUAAUCUGAACCCCACUUAGACGUACUCAUUUAAAACUAUUCCAUUUCAAGUUCAGUACAAUUUAACUUCAUACCCAAACUCGAAAUCUAGAAUCGGAUUAAACAUAUUGACAUCAACUUUCUGUCAAUAUAAUAUAUUAUUUAGUUGCGCCACACUGAAAUAAUUAUUUAGAUAAGUGGAAUACUAACAUAAUAUUAUUUUAUUCUCGACGAUGAUACUAUAUGAAAAACUAUACUCAUAACUCCUGAGUACAAUAUAAUUUAUUUUCUUGGCAAAUUCAAUAAUUACCCUUCGUCGAACAAUACGAUAUAAUAAAUUGUUUACGACUUUUGAAACUGAAGUCCCGCAGCAAAUAAUUAAUCUCAACGUUUUUAUUUUAAAUUCAAUUAUAUGUGAUAAAUAUUAAGACUUCGUUAAUUAAUAUAUAUAUCACUUGGUGUUGAAAUUGUUUUUUUUUAGUAGAAUACUGCAUAGUGCAUUAUAUAAUAUAGAAUGUACAUUAUUGUUCUCAACCCUCGUUCAUAUUAUAGUGUUGUGUUUUGAUUAGUUAAAUCUUUUUUCGUCGUAUACAUUAUGUAAUAUUAAUAAUGACGCAUACAUAUUUAAAUAUUCAUAAUUAAGUAAUAAGUAUUAACCAAAUUUUAGUUAUCUAUACUUAAUUUUAUAACAGUCCUUUUUUUCUAAUCAGUUAUAUAGUGUGUAAAAUUGAUUUUACACAUUUAUGUGUGUUAUUUAUGUCAUAAUUAAUUAUUUUUAAAUAUUCAAGUAUAUUCUCAAUCUAGUCAAUGUAUUUAAUGUAUAACGAAUAACUUUUAGAAUUACUAUACAAUCAUUUGUAAAUAUGGCUGAAAAAAUAUAAAACCAUAUAAAUGCGAAUGAAACGCAUAAUAAUAAUACAUAAUAAUAAAGGUAUACAAUAUCUUUUAAUAGUGUAUUAAUAUUUUCUUCUUAUCUUUGUCUCUAUUGCUCUAAAUUUGACAACACAUAAUCUACCUUUGGAAUGUAUGAAUUAUAUUACAUCAUUGAUACUACAAUUAUGAGUAAAAACUGUGUGUCAAUGUCUAUUUCUAAAAAUAUUUAUUAACAAUAGACAUUAUUAAUAAUAAUUAAUAAGCAAUGAUGAC